GCGGAGCAUUGUGGGGUGGAGGCGGCUGCUCUUCUGUAAAGGCGCAGCGAGGGAGCAAGGAAGCUUAGCUUGGGAUAGAGCCUCACAACGCAGGGAAACCAUCGAAGUGAGACUAAUAGGAAUCUGUACGGUCAGCAGUUUCCCCGUCGCCUGGUGAGAGAUGGGCCACAGUGAUCUGAUGAGCACCGCUGAAGACGUGGCGGACCAGUUCCUGCGGGUGACAAAGCAGUACCUGCCCCACCUGGCACGCCUGUGCCUGAUAAGCACCUUCCUGGAGGACGGCAUCCGAAUGUGGUUCCAGUGGUUCGAGCAGAGGGACUACAUCGAGGCCACCUGGAACUGUGGUUACUUCCUGGCCACGUGCUUCGUCCUGCUCAACUUAUUAGGACAGCUGGGGGGCUGUGUCCUUAUCCUCAGUAGAAAUUUUGUACAGUAUGCCUGCUUUGGUUUGUUCGGGAUUAUAGCUCUACAGACGAUCGCCUACAGCAUUUUGUGGGAUCUUAAGUUCUUAAUGAGGAACUUGGCCCUGGGCGGGGGGCUGCUGCUGCUGCUGGCAGAGUCUCGCUCAGAGGGGAAGAGCAUGUUUGCUGGGGUGCCCUCCAUGGGCGAGAGCUCUCCUAAGCAGUACAUGCAGUUGGGAGGCCGUGUUCUCCUGGUCCUCAUGUUUAUGACCCUUCUGCACUUCGACACCAGCUUCUUCUCUAUCCUACAGAACAUGGUCGGCACGGCUUUGAUCAUCCUUGUGGCCGUGGGGUUCAAGACAAAGCUAGCCGCCCUCACACUGGUGGUGUGGCUCUUCGCCAUCAACGUCUACUUCAACGCCUUCUGGACAGUACCAGCCUACAAGCCCAUGCACGACUUCCUCAAGUAUGACUUCUUUCAGACCAUGUCAGUGAUCGGGGGCCUUCUUCUGGUGGUGGCGCUGGGGCCCGGUGGCGUGUCGAUGGACGAAAAGAAGAAGGAGUGGUAAGAGCAGGACACAAGGGGCCCCAGACCCACUGCGUCAAGCCGGCACCUCGACAGCUGCAGCCUCCCUGUUCGCUUGCUUUUUUAUCUCCCCUGAUGGUUAUCCCAAAUGCACUUUUAAUUUUUUUUUGUUUUUUAAGUUUUAUUAGUUCAAGAUUUAGUUUAUACUGGAUUUUUUAAUGCCUAUAUUUAGGUUUGUUCUUUUGAUGCCCCAAGAAAAAAUGAUUUAUUAAAAUGGUUGUGCUAAGAAACACGGCAGUCGGUCUGUGGGUCAUACCUUGGAGUUUUUUUUUUUUGUUUGUUUUUUUUAAAUUGAUGAAAAAACUCAAACCUUCCAGUGCCAACCGUUAAAGGCCCCCCCCCACCACUGGACACUGCACGCUACUUUAGAAGGCAUUCUGUACACAGAGAAUGACAAUGACGGUGGCUGCUUUUGAUGUUACUUGAGUGAAUGUAAAUAUGAAAAAAAUGUAAUUGUUUAUAUGGUUGUGCUUUACAAAGAAACCAGUCUGCUUUUCUGAUGAGAAAAGGCAAAAAAAAAACAUGACCAUUAGACAGGUUGGGCACACAAAAAAACCACACACAAUUUCGGUGUGAGAUGCUGAGCUUCUGUUCUGGUAUUGGCUGCGGACCUGGGCGCCUGGCUCGCGCUGCCAGUCAGCACCAGGUCCUCGGGCACCGCCGGCUGUGGUCACACCCACUCCCGGAGUCAUGUGACCCCGUCCUCGGGCACUUGGGAGUGUCCAUACACUUAUGGAAAAGAAGGGAGGUUGAACAAGCACAGGCUGUAUCUGAAGUUGCAAAGAAACAGGAAAUUUUCCUACGUUUUAAAAAAAAAAAAAAAAGGUCCUGUUUCAGUGCUCAGCCCUCACUUACCAGGUCAGAUCAGUUGGUGGAUCACUGUGUUCUUCAGCAUCUUGGAAAGCGAGAGCAAGUCUAAAGUCUUGUGUGAAUGACCCGACUGUAUUUUCUCUAGAUGAAACUGAAGAAAUACAUACUCAGUGUAUUGGUUAUCUAUAAUGUAUUUUUGGCUAUUUGUUUUUGAGGUCAUAAGGAUAAAAAUAAAUGAACCAAGUGGACAUGUA